AUGGCCACCUACGCCGACUUUUUUAAUGCGCGCUACACCGGUGAGCGGAGUGCGGGGCCUGUGCGAGUGACCAUUGCACGAGGCGAUGCAGAUGCUUUGGAGAUCGGCGAGACAUGGACGACUGAGGAGCUGAUGGAUGCGGACGCGGACGAGGAGCGGACCGGCGAAGAGGCAUCUUCCACGCCAUUUCUCCCGUUUGCGCAGACGAAUAGUGUGCUAUGGGUACUGGAUACUAAUGUGCUACUGGGACUGCUCGAUGCAUUGCAGCACGUAUUUCAGCGCGCGCUGGCUGCGGUUCAAUCAGGCGUACUCGAAGCUCCUCCAUUAUAUCUCAUCGUCCCGCUGAUUGUACUAGAAGAGCUCGACAACCUGAAGCAUACAGAGCGCUUGCUGGACCACAAUGACGCGGUGCAGCAGCGGCCUGUGGCUACGGUUGGCGCUGCUGCACGGCGCGCAAGUCGGUGGCUACUUGAAUCUGUCCAACACCAAAAACACACGCGCGGCCUGUAUUCGCCGGCACAAUGGGUCUUGCAUGUACAGACGCAGGCGUUCACACACCACCAAAAUAUAUCCUUGACCAACGACCAGCGGAUCGUGGCAUUGAGCGUUUCAAUGCGGGCGACCCAUUCACAAGUCAUGCUCGUUUCAAACGAUACAAAUGCACGCACGUUUGCCGAGAUCGAGGGUGUUCUGACUAUGGACCUGCAUGCACUGCUAUGUGCACUUAAAAGCCUCAAGGGCAAAAGCGCCGAAGAGCGUCUUUGGUGGGUCUGCGCAUCGCCGGAAUUCCACUAUCUUUUCAGUGAUCCGCAUGCUGUACGUCACCUCACAGAGACAAAUUGGGCAUCUAUGUAUCGCAAGGCUGCAAUGCUUGCGCAGGAGAAUACGGACAUCGAUAUGGACGCGUGA